CUCUUUCUCCUUCUUCCAAGGGAUGCCUGGAGAGAAUGAGAAACAGCCGGGACAGGCUCCUAAACAAAUAUCGCCAGGCUGGAGGCAAUAUGUCAGGAGGAGCUCAGAACACCUUUCUAGUGCAGGAGGUGAUGGAAGAAGAGUGGAAUGCUUUGCAGUCGGCGGAGAGCCGGCCAGAGGCCUUGGCUCAGUUGGAGGAGCCGCUGGACCUGGCCGUGCUGGAGGAAAUCCAACAGGAGCUGAUUGAUCAAGAACAGUCCAUCAUCAGUGAGUACGAGAAGAGCUUGCAGUUUGAUGAAAAGUGUCUCAGCGUCAUGCUGGCUGAGUGGGAAGCAAACUCCCUCAUCUGUCCUGUGUGUGCAAAGUACAAUCUGAGAAUAGCAAGCGGUGUGGUCACGUGUCAGUGUGGCCUGUACAUCCCAUCUCAUUCUCCAGAGGUGACAGAGCAAAAGUUUCGUGCCUGUUUAGAAGACAGCGUGAAUGAGCACAGUGCGUGUUGUCCCCACACGCCGGCAUUUUCCGUCACUGAAGGAACAGAGGAAAAGCCCAGUCUUCUCAUGAGCUGUCUGGUACGCCUCCCACAGGACCCAGUGGUAAAAGCGGGUCGGUGGUUGGUUUUAUUCCCACCCUGGUAGAAAUAGCUUACAAAGAGGUAAAUGUUUAAAAAUGCAGUUUAUUCUCUGAGGAACUUUACUUGCAUAGAAAAGUGAAGUCACUUCAGUUAAAAAGGCCAGUCAUUCCCCGAAAGGGGAGGGACAGAGGCAGCCCAGCUUGUGGAAGGAGCAGCAUAAAUGUCAUUACUGGUUGCAACUUUUAACCACAUAUUGAGAUUGCUUUUGUAACUGGAAUAUAAUUUAAGCUAACUUUUUUCUAUUUAAAUUCAGGCUUGUGAUACUUGGGCUGUGAUCCUCUAGAGCCAACCCUGAUGCACACGAUCUACUGGGUUGGAAACAAGUUCUGUCUUGAGAAAGGGCCUUGUAAAUACAAAGCUUUCAUUUAUAACUUAUUUUGUAUUAAAACGUUUCAAAGUUU